GCUUAAUUUAAAAGAAAAAAUAAAUAUUUAGAAAAGGCAGACUUGCAGUCUGGAACAAGGACGCUGAUCAGGUUAUACGAUCCUUCCCUUAAAGUUCCCCACUUCCGUUCCUGACAGCUGUCAGCCAGCAUCGCUGUCCGAGACAAGGUCUACAGAGCCUCUUCUAUACUAAUUUCUGAAAAAAGAUGCAGCCAUGUCAUACACAUGGUUUUGUUAGGGUAGGUGUCGCCCAAGAGCGUUGGUCUGAGGCUACAAGGGAGGGGAAAAUGGAAACGGAAACAGGAAGGUUCUCAGUAGGUGGCCACUGAUACACCUAAAAGGGACUGUAUCCCCAUUUUAUUCAUUUGUCUGAAAUAACAGGACUAAUUUUGUUGGGAAAUCUGCAGUCCUUGGCCUUUGUCCUGUCUGCGUGGCCCCUUGCACCACACAAUCUGCAACAAAAUAAGGGUUUAGAUUAUCGGGAACAAUAAAAGGAGGAGAAUAAUCUGGAUAUAUAAUGUAUCAGUCGAAUAAAUAAGAGUCCCGGGCUAUUUCAGCAGAAAGCCAGUCGAGACAAAUAUUCCCGAUACUACUUUCUUAAUGGAGCAUUCAGAUGCAAAAAUGUUGAAGGACCAGUUCCGCCAGUCACAUGACCAUGUUCAUAAACAAACAGUUAAAAAUGUACUUCACUUGCCACCGGCUCGCAGCACAGAAGCUUCUACAUUUCCUCCACCUUGGAGCACAGGACAGGCUCUGCUUUGCAUGUUUUGAAUACAGAUUCGGUAAAAGCCCAGGGUGAAUAUUUCAUUGGUUGGUCCUUCAGCGAAAGUAAGAAGAAUUUUCUGGGCACUUCCUAUGGGAAUGCAAAACAGAUGCUGAUAAACUUUCAGCGUGAAGAUUACAGGAAGCAAAGACAAAGUCAAUCAUCGCUCAGGGCUGACGCGGACUGCUUCGAGAGGGGAACUUGGGCAUGUUCAAGUGACCACACGAUGGGAUUGAUCCUGUCCAGACGCAACCUGAAGAAGCCACCCCAGGUGGUUAUGAUUGGUCUGGAUUCGGCCGGGAAAUCCACCUUACUCUACAAAAUGAAGCUUGGUAAAACCAUAGAGACUCAGCCCACCGUGGGCUUCAACGUGGCCAUGCUGCAAGUGAAGAAAAAAACUGACUUUACAAUCUGGGAUGUGGGCGGCCAGGGCAGGAUGAGGCCCAACUGGAAGUAUUACCUGGAGGGCACCAAAGCACUGGUGUUUGUGGUUGAUAGCAGUGACCGCGGGCGCAUGCGCGAGGCCAAGAAAGCACUGAGGACCAUCUUGGGGGACGACAACGCGAAGGGCAUCCCUUUGAUGGUGCUGGCCAACAAGCAGGACCUCCCUAAUGUCAUGACCAUCUAUGAGGUGGCCAGGGAACUGGACCUGGCCAGGUACUCAGACCGACACUGGGAGAUCCAGGCGUGCAGUGCCCGGAGCAACCUCGGGCUCCAGCAGGUCCUCAGCUCCAUAGCCAAGCUCAUCAAGAGCUGAAGCAAUUCAGCAUAAGCACCUUCCUCUCAGAUACGGAAGAAAAACAACGCAUCUGAUUUUCUCCAACACCCCAGUGAGCUCAUGGAUCAGCAGCACCAGCUCUCCCACUCAUUCCGGUGACUCCGUCCACGUGGAGCAGUCCAGG